AUGGCCGGCUUCAACUCAAAAGAAAUUCCAAUGUCUCAAAAUGCCAAUACUCCAUAUAUGCGCACACAAGAAUACGCCUCAACCCCCAAAUAUCCAUCAGAGUCAAGCGCAAAUGGGACUCUAGCAUUCCUGAACCACGAGGGCCUUGAUGAUAAGAACGACACUGUUGUCGUCGAUAACAAGCUCCUCCGCCCCGCCACCCACCACUUCGCCGAGGGCGACUUCAUCCCACCAGGCUUCUUCAAUCACGCACAACUAGAUGGAUUCACGCGUCGCUUCAGCUACUCUCAAUGGAACUAUGAAAUGCGUCGCGAGGCACAGCCUAUACUCCCAUUCCUUUAUCUGGGCCCCAGUUCUUGUCUCCGACCCCGUGAAUACCUCCGCAACCAAGGAUUCACACUUCUUCUCGGAAUUAGAAACACGCUCUCGGCUCAAGCGCGAUUAGUCUCUGGUGACAAGGCCGCUGCUGAACUCGGGAUCCUGGCUGGUACUAUUGAUGUCCUCGAUAAUCAGGAGCUGAUAUCUGCGUUUCCGCGCGCGAUUCGUCGCAUCAAUGAUCAUCUUGCCGGUCUGGAUAUGCCGGCUUCGAUAAAUUCGUCUACAGACUCUACCAUCAAGAAGAAGGUUCUUGUCUUUUGUGAAACGGGCAAUGAGCGUUCUGCCGGUGUGGUCAUUGCGUAUGUCAUGGCCAUGCUAAACCAUGAUUACAUGUCAGCGACUCAUUUGAUUCAGCAGCAUCGGUUCUGUGUGUCUAUUGAGGAACCCUUGAAACGGAUUCUUCAUGCCUUUGACUCUAUUCUUGCUGCUAAGCGGGAUGUGGAGCGUGCUAAGCGCAAUGCCGUUCAAAUGGGUGCUUCGACGCUUGCUCCCCCGCCUGUUACGCCUAUCGUGUUGGCUAGAAAGCGCAGUUUUCAUGAUUGUCUAUUUCAGGAUACGGCGAUGGAUGAUGAUGAUAUGGAUAUGGAUGCAGAUGAUUUCAUGCCAGACCGGAAGCCCGUUGCUCCGUUUCAAGACCGGGUAGUCUAG